AAGCUCACCUUCUGUUACACUUGUACUUUACCAUUAGUGUUUGCCAUUAGUACAGUACGGUUGGUAGUUGAAGCGAAUUGCGAAAACAAACGAAGAAAAAUGCAAUUCCAUCGCCUUCUGCUUCGCUUUUUUGUGUGUUUCGCCUCUUUCCAUCUUUCCGUGGGGACUCUCGGCUUCGCCAACAUGUACGCCAAACGUCUCUACGAUGAUUUGCUCAGUAAUUACAACCGACUCAUCAGACCAGUUAACAACAGUACGGACAAGCUGACAGUGUGGUUAAAUCUUAAACUAUCACAGCUGAUUGAAGUGAGUCUAAGAAAUCAGGUCAUGACCACUUCAAUGUGGCUGGAACAGAAAUGGACAGACUAUCGUCUGGUGUGGGAUCCAGCCGACUACGAAGAUGUGGAAAUGCUGUACGUACCAGCUGAAAACAUCUGGUUGCCCGACAUUGUCUUGUACAACAAUGCCGACGGUAACUACGAGGUUACCCUGCUGACCAAAGCAACUGUCCAUCACACGGGCGUGGUCAAUUGGAAUCCGCCGGCCAUCUACAAGUCCAGUUGCGAGAUGGACGUCGAAUGGUUCCCCUUCGACAAACAAAGUUGCCUCAUGAAGUUCGGAUCGUGGACCUACGACGGUCACGAGGUUGACCUGAUGCACAUGAUGCAAGAAGGAGAUAGUGGAAUCGACGUCGUCUCGGCCAAUAUCGUUACUGGUAUCAAUUUAACAGAAUUUUACCCAUCAGUUGAAUGGGACAUUCUCGAUGUUCCAGCCAGGAAGAAUGAAGAAAGAUAUCCUUGCUGCGAAGAACCUUACCCAGAUAUCACUUUCAACGUGACGAUGCGUCGGAAAACGCUGUUUUACACCGUCAACCUGAUCAUUCCCUGCGUUGGCAUUACGUUUUUGACGAUUUUGGUGUUUUACCUGCCGUCGGAUUCCGGUGAAAAAGUGACGCUCUGCAUUUCCAUCCUCGUGUCACUGACCGUGUUCUUCCUGCUACUGGCCGAGAUCAUCCCGCCGACUUCGCUGGCCGUCCCUUUACUUGGCAAAUAUCUACUCUUCACCAUGAUCCUGGUGACGGUUUCGAUUAUCGUCACCGUCUGCGUCCUCAACGUUCAUUUCCGGUCGCCUGCUACGCAUCACAUGUCACCCUGGGUCAAGAAAGUAUUUACAGUCAUCAUGCCACGACUGUUGCUCAUGAGUCGACCCAUUUACCUUUGCCAGGGAAGUUGUGGUGAUGAAAGAAAGAAGAAGAAUCAAUUCUACAACGGUAUCGACUUCGGCAGGAACGAUUCGACACCGUACAUUUACGCUCAUACUUAUCGUAAGAAUCCUUCAUGCCCGUCGGAGAUCCCUGGAGAAACUAUUCCAACUAACGAUAUCACGGCAACGUUUGAACUUCGUUCCUCCACCUAUGGCAGUUACGCUUCAAGCAAUCAACCCAGGCAACCGAUAUAUCACAAUUUCGGGCCGUUAACUUACGGCGAUGACGAUCUACUGCCGCCGGAUGUCAGCUGCGCUCUGCGGAGCAUCCAGUUCAUUGCCAAACACACGAAAGACACGGACAGGGAGAUCGAAGUCAUCGAGGACUGGAAAUUCGUGGCCAUGGUGCUGGACCGUUUCUUCCUGUGGAUCUUCAUCGUCGCCUGUUUCGUCGGCACGGCGGCCAUCAUUCUGGAGGCGCCGUCGCUCUACGACCAGACGGUUCCUUUGGAUCAGCUCUCGCACGCUUACUUCCCCAUAGCGCCGACGGCAACUAAAUUGUCAAUUUGAAAAAAUGCAGCAUACAUUUUUAUUCUUUCGAUCUUCUUGCCAGGCAAUCCAAAACUCAGUUGAUCCAGCGUUUUCUUCUGUUAUGUACACACCCCAUUUUUACUUCGUAUACAUCGACUUUUUAUUUCUUUUCGGUUGAUCUUUUUGUUGUUCAAUGGCGUUCUUUU